AUGACCACUGUGUCCAGUGAACCGGACCCGGAAAGGGAGUUCCUUUGCUGCGACGAUACGAUCCAUUCACUGAGACUGAGCUUCUCUGUUCACUUCAACGUCGGCUAUAUAUGUGCGAAUUUGCUUGCCUCCAUCUUUAAGAUUUCCGUCCUCACUUUUGAGCAAAAGGUGCGCAAAGAAAACCGCCUCUUGCUUUUCCAAAUUGGAGAAAUGGAAGAUCUGGAUGAUGAGUGGGAAUAUACAUCACCCAAAAGUGAAGUGGUUCUUCCUCCACUUUUGGUGACAUCUGUUCUUGGGUUUGCAUUUUCGGUUCCAUUUGGGGUUGUCUUUGCAACUUAUGCUAGCACUGAGAAUGUGCGUUUUGGAGAAGUUGUAACAGAAGAUGAAGAAAAAUAA